AUGAAAUCUGAACAAGGAUAUUAUCUCAUAACAUUAUUUGAGUUUGGCGAACGAGAAAAUAUUGAUCUUGAAGACGCAAUGCUACAAUCAGUCGUUAAUGCUGGAAAAUACAUUUCAUCAGAAGACAAAAUGCAAAUGACAGAAAUGAAUUUGGCUAUAGCAUGGAAGAAAAUUCAACGAGCACGUACCAGAAUAUUAACAAACAAAACAAUAGUACAUUGGAAAGACGAUGACUUAGAUGCCUGCUUGGAGGAGGCAUUAUGCCGUGGUUUGUUUGACUUUGUCGAGUUAUUGCUUGAUUUUGGUGCUUCAUUUCAACGAUUAGAAAAAUUCUGUGAUAUAAAAAUACUGUACAAAGUAAUGACUGAAGCUGGAAUGACUAAAUGGUUGCCGCAUCCAACAAAUCUCAGAGAUCCAAUGGAGUGGUAUAGAAGGUAUAUGCCAACACAAUACGCGGCUAAAAAAAAAGGAUUACAGGUUCCGAAUAAGUUGUUAAGAAAACAAAAAGACAUUACAAUGGAUAGCAUGAAUAAUACAGGAUCAUGUUUAUUUAUGCAAGAACUACUCUUAUGGUCCGUGUUCACAAAUCAACCAGAUAUAGCGGAAUCAAUCUGUUACCGAACGAAUAAUCCGAUUGUAACAUUACUAUUCAUCAGCAAGAUUUAUCGUACAGCUUCUCGCACACCACGCUUGAAGUCAGAAAAGAAAACAGAAUAUAAACAAAAGGAAAAAGACUUUGCACAACAUGCUGCUGCUAUUGUCGACAGAUGUUUUGAUGUUGACGAAAAGUUCGCACUUGAACUAAUUAGAAUACCAUCAAAAGACCUAUUUAACAGAACUCCGCUGAAAUUAGCACAAGAAAUUAAUUCUAGAGCAUUUAUAUCGACGAAAACUGUUCAAAAGUACGUUGAUGAACAAUGGUAUGGAAAUAUUAAUGGGGAUGCACAUCGUUUCGUUGAUAUUUUGACUUUUACUACCUGUAUAUUUCCGUUUCUUUUGCUUAUUCCAAAUGUGUGUGACUCCAUGUUACAUCCACCUAACAAGAUGAAAGAUUUGGUCUUUUUUGUGUACUUUAUUCUCAUAUUUUUAUUUGCCUAUAUGGUUACGUCGUUUUCACUUAUAACUACGAGGCAUCAAGUAAAAUGGAAGGGAAAACAUGAUUUUGAGAUUACACAAAAUGGAACUAAUUUCUUUGAUUGGAAAAUGCUACGAGAUAUAGUCGACUGGGGCGCAUGGAAAGUGUAUGGCCAAAUUGAUAUGCAGUUAGAAACUAACGCUGGCAAUGGCACAGAAAUAAAAGGUUAG